AUGGUGCAUUCAAAAAAUCCCUCAAUCUCUGAGCGGACGGUCGAGCGGAUUCCCGAGCCGCGGGAGACAAGAAACUGGAAGGUCAACAUUUACUGUAUCGGAGUCUGUUUCGGCGCUCUUGCUCUUGGUUACGAUGUCUCUGUCAUGGGCGGGACAUUGAUCCUCCCCUCUUUCGAACGUGAUUUUGGCCUAAGGGGCAAAAGUCAAAGAGAACUCGAUGACCUUACCUCCAACAUUGUCUCGUGCUUCCAAGCAGGAAUGUUUUUCGGCGCACUGGGUUCCCACUUCAUCUCAGAACGGUGGGGCCGCAAAAGAUGUAUAUUCUACGCUACCAUCGUCUUCAUGUGCGGAGCUUCUAUGCAAACUGCCUCUCACGGAAUUGUCGGCCUGAUCAUGGCUGGCAGAGCCAUUGCAGGCAUUGGUAUCGGUGCAACUGCUCCUGUCAUUCCUGUUUAUAUUGCCGAAGUCGCUCCACCCUCCAUUCGCGGCCGAUUGGUUGGUUUCUAUGAAAUCGGCUCGCAAGGUGCACAGAUGUGCGGUUUUUGGGUCAAUUAUGCUGUCAACAGGACUAUAAGCUCGAGUACUCCAGCUCAAUGGCAGGUCCCGCUGGGUCUUCAACUCUUCCCCGCCGUCAUCGUACUUGCAGUCGUGCCCUUCUGUCCCGAAUCGCCACGUUGGUUGGCUAAGAAGGACUGCUGGGAAAAAGCCGAAAAUAUAAUUUGUGACCUUCGUCAGCUAUCCUCCAGCCACCCCUAUGUUAUGAACGAGAUGAGUGAAAUUCGUGCCGAAGUCGAGUUUGAGGCACACAUUGCCGGAUUGAAUCCAGGGACUUGGCUUCAAUUCAAAGAGUUGUUCAAGAAGGGUAUACGCAACCGUGUUGGUAUCGGUUUGUGCCUGAUGAUGUGUCAAAACAUGACGGGUGUCAACAUCAUUACAUACUAUUCGCCCCGAAUCUUUGCUACUCUUGGAAUUGCUAGCACCGACCUCAAGCUCUUUGCGACUGGGUUCUAUGGUGUGGCCAAAACCCUCGGCAUGAUUAUUUUCUCCUUCUAUGUCGCCGACUAUCUCGGUAGACGCAAGGGACUCCUCUGGGGCUCUGCUCUGGGCUGCAUUCCUAUGCUCUAUCUCGGAGGCUAUGUCAUGAAGAAUGACCCUGAGGCGGCAGCAAAAGCCGGACUGACUCAGAUGUCAGGCUGGGGAUACCUGGCCAUCGUUUGCGUUUACCUCUAUGGUGUCAUUUAUUGUGCCACUUGGCAGGGAAUCACUUGGCUCUACGCUUCUGAGAUCUAUCCACUCUACAUACGAUCUCUAUGCAUGGCUCUAACCAUUGCCGACGAGCGGAUUUGGUCUUACGUUGUUUCCCGGUCGACUCCUUACAUGAUAUCGGAUAUUGGAUACGGAACUUACUUUUUCUUCGGCGCUCUCAUGGCGUGCAUGGGAGUCUGGGCCUGGUGGUGCAUUCGCGAGACAAAAGGUGUCCCGAUCGAAGAGAUGGACGCGCUCUUCGGCGCGCCUGGUGCGAGAGCUCUUAACCGCUCCUCGAAAGACCCUGAAGAUCAGCUUGAAGACGAGAAGUUUGGAUUCUUCGAAAGCAAACUCGACACUGGUUCCAUCUACGAUGUAGACCCCACAGGAGGGUACGUUCAGUAUCAGAAUCGCACCGUGGCGGAGGAUUUGGGAUUAGUUGCUGUCCAAGAAACGCAGGUGUAUGUCGGUGUUGAUACGGAGAACACAUAUGACCCUGAAUCAUAUGGACGCAAAUCGGUCAGGUUGCAGAGUUGGGACGCGUUCAACCAUGGUCUGUUCGUCGCGAAUUUCACUCACCUGCCCAUGCCAACAUGUGGCGCAUGGCCAGCCUUCUGGACAUUUGGCUGGCCCUGGCCGGACCUUGGUGAAUUCGACAUCAUGGAAAAUUGGAAUUCGCGUGACUUCAAUCGCAACACUGCCAUGAUCAACGGCAGCCAAGCGACUUGUGGUAUCAAGGCUACCGACAUGUCCAGCGAGAUCGAGUCAUACAACUGCGACGCCCAUGCGCCGGGACAAUACUGGUAUCAAGGAUGCUCGAGCAAUAACUACAAUGACACGGCUUUCGGGUCUCAGGAGGGAGGAGUCUACGUGCUUGAGUGGACUGGCGGCCACGCCAAGGUCUGGAGUUGGUCACACGCUGAGGUGCCGCACGAUUUGAUUGAAGGCCGGCCGAGUCCGACAGCCUGGGGGGUUCCAUCUUACGCCAUUGUCGGCUGCGAUAUGGACAAGGGCUGGAGAGACCAGAGAAUUGUGCUAAAUAUUGGGUUUUGCGGCGUGGCGGGCCAGGACGGAACCCAGCCUUACACCAAGAACCAUUGGGCACAGUGUGCGGCAUCGACUGGAUACGGAUCUUGCACAUCUUACGUCGCGAAGAAUCCAGGUGAUUUUGCGAAUUCCUACUUCUUGGUCAAGGACAUCGUUGUGUAUCGAGAUGCUUCGGUGGAUGCAGGGAUUGUUUCGGAGAACCAUUAUGGUCGCCCUACUAUGCCCGCCCCAACUUCAACUGCACUUGAUUCUACCGGGACUGCGCGUACCACCCAAGCCGCAGACAGCUCUGGCACAGGUCCAAAACACGUUAGCAAAGCCACAUUCUUCAUAGAAUCUAUUUUUACCGUUUUCGUUAUUGCAUUCACCUUGGGUUAG